CCAAGCAGCGUUAUAAUAUAUACAAGAGGACACAUAAAAAGGGUGAAGCUAUACACAUAAUAAGGAGAAACACUUUUUAGAGAGGGGAAGAAGAACGAGUUUUUCUUUUCUUUUCUUUUUUAAAUCUGCUGCUAAGCUUUAAUUUGGAUUUCUUUGACAAGCCAAAAAUGGCAACUUUGUUGGGAAAGGAGAAUGGUCUGAACCUGAAGGAGACUGAACUUUGUCUGGGUUUGCCUGGUGGUGGUGGAGGCGGCGGCGGCUGUGGCGGUGGCGGUGGCUCUGAGGUGGAAACUCCAAGGGUCACAGGGAAGAGAGGGUUCUCUGAGACUGUUGAUCUGAAGCUUAAUCUUCAACCAAAGGAAGAUCUGAAUGAGAAUCUGAAGAAUGUCUCAAAGGAGAAGACUCUCCUUAAGGACCCUGCUAAGCCACCAGCUAAGGCUCAAGUAGUUGGUUGGCCACCAGUGAGGUCAUACAGGAAGAACAUGAUGGCACAGAAGGUUAACAGUGAGGAUGGUACUGAGAAGACAACAAGCAGCACUACAUCUGGGGCAUUUGUCAAAGUUUCCAUGGAUGGAGCACCUUACCUUCGCAAGGUGGACUUGACAAUGUACAAAAGCUACAAAGAUUUAUCUGAUGCCUUAGCCAAAAUGUUCAGCUCCUUCACCAUGGGUAACUAUGGGGCCCAAGGAAUGAUAGACUUCAUGAAUGAGAGCAAGUUGAUGGAUCUUCUGAACAGCUCUGAGUAUGUGCCAACCUAUGAAGAUAAGGAUGGUGACUGGAUGCUCGUGGGUGAUGUCCCAUGGGAGAUGUUUGUUGAAUCAUGCAAGCGUCUGCGAAUAAUGAAAGGAUCAGAAGCAAUUGGGCUUGCGCCAAGAGCCAUGGAAAAAUGCAAAAGCAGAAGCUGAAGCUGGCCUAAUACAUUUUCUAUAUCAGAGUCCCGUACCAAAGUGGACCUAUAAAAAGAUAUAUGAAGCUCUUCUGCAUAGUCCUAUGGAACGGAGUGUUGUUAGUUUGGAUGUGUCUAUGUUUUUGUUUUGUUCGUAUAUAGAUUCAACUUUAAUUUUAAGGAGCCUAUGGAGCAUUUGUAAUGGACAAGAAGCAAUAAACUUAACCUAUAUACUAGUCUGGCUUGUUUAUUUUUUGAUCCUUCCAUGCUGUCAUGAUUGUUGUGUGCCAAGUACCUUGAAUUUUAAUGCAUACUUUAUU